AUGACUGAAACCCGAAGAGCGCGAAGCGUCAACAGGCAACUGAAAAUCGCGUAUAAUGCGCUCGGGAUCGAGGAUGACGACGUCAGCAACGAGGACUACGAGUUGGAGGCCAUUUCAGAGGAUGAUGAAGAAGAAGACGAGGACGAGGACCUUUCCUGUGGCGAUCCAAACGAGGGGAGCACAACAGCUGCCGGAAAGCCAAGAGCCCAGGGCAACAAGAACAAAAAAACACAGGGCAACGUCACACCAGAUUCGAAGGCCACCAAAACAUUGCUGUAG